CGCGUGGUCGCCGCCGCCGCAGCCGCCCGAGAGGAGCUGGGGGAGGACGGUGGCCCGCGAGGCUCGUCGCAGACAACGCGGCGGCGAUGUCCGCGAGCCAGGCGAGUGCCGCGGCGGCAGCGGCCGGGCCUCGCACGCGGCAGGGCGGCCUGGGCUUCGGCCUCCCUCCGGUUCCCAGGAAGCGAACUGGCGGCCAGCGCGGGAGCAGCAGCAGUAGCAGAGGCGGAGGCUCCGGCGCGUCUGUUGCCUCCCCUUCAGCCUGAGCCGGGGGAGGCCAGGCGGCCCGGGUGGCUGGAGGGGGGUCCGCUGCCCCAGAAUGGGAAUUCUCUUCACCAGGAUAUGGAGACUCUUCAAUCACCAGGAGCACAAAGUUAUCAUUGUUGGGCUGGAUAAUGCAGGGAAAACUACCAUCCUUUACCAAUUUUCUAUGAAUGAAGUUGUACAUACAUCACCCACAAUAGGAAGUAACGUAGAAGAAAUAGUGAUUAAUAAUACACGUUUUCUAAUGUGGGAUAUUGGUGGCCAAGAAUCUCUUCGGUCUUCUUGGAACACUUACUAUACUAACACAGAGUUUGUAAUAGUUGUUGUGGACAGUACAGACAGAGAAAGGAUUUCUGUAACUAGAGAAGAACUCUAUAAAAUGUUAGCCCAUGAGGACCUACGGAAAGCUGGAUUGCUGAUUUUUGCUAAUAAACAAGAUGUUAAAGAAUGCAUGACUGUAGCAGAAAUCUCCCAGUUUUUGAAACUAACUUCUAUUAAAGAUCACCAGUGGCAUAUCCAGGCAUGCUGUGCUCUUACUGGCGAGGGAUUAUGCCAAGGACUUGAAUGGAUGAUGUCACGACUUAAGAUUAGAUGAUCUCUACUGACCUCUCCUCAUAGACUUUGUAUAAACGAAGUGCUGGACUUUACCUGAAAGCUGCAAAAAUUAAUGGUUUAGAUAUAUUUAUAAUAAACUGAUUUAAACUUUUUCUAUCAGAAGAAAAAUUAAGACCACUUAUUUGAAAACAAAGAUGAAGUCUCACUUUCCAAUCUGCUUUCUCAUUAGUUCCUUCCAAAGCAAGGUCUUUAAAGCUGUGAUUGCCAUUUUUCUCAUAAUGAAUCCUCUCAGGACAUUGUGUAGCCUGUGGUAAGUACAAAGGGAGAAGAAGACAUUUUUCAUUUUAAGAGCUUUAUUAUCAGUAUAACCCUCCCUAGUUGAAUGUGUAUUCUCUUCGUGUUCCAUUAAGUCAAAAUACAAAUCACAGAUACUCAGUUUGCAGUACUUUAAAAUGUAAUGUUAAUUAUGAGAAGUAUUUUGCAUAAGGUUGUGUGUAUUGUGUAUAUACCUCAAAUUCAAGUUUAUGGCUUUGAUUAUGUUCUAAAGAAAAGCAAAGAACGCAAAAAGUAAUAAUAUCCUUAGUUAAUGACCAUAAUGAGAUGAGUACUGGCAUUGCUGUUAAGUGCCAUUUUGUGCUUUCCCCCUGUGUUCUCUGUAUUGUACUAACCAACCCCCAAAAUCAUUGGGCUGCUCUUAAAAAAAAGAAAAGAAAGAAAAGUAGAAAGCUCAACAGUGUGUACCUAUUUUUUGUUGAUCAAAUUAUAUACAUGAAAGCAUGUAAUCCAGCUGAGUGGAGUAUCUGCAAAUUUUUGGCUUAAUAUUAUGAAUGGACAGAAUUACACAUUGAGCAAUUAUCAGAUGGGUUCCUUUAUUGGAUCUAUGGCAUCUAAAUUACUGAGAAAAUUGUUAACCAUUAAUCAGUCAAUCAUUAAUUGUAAUUAAAAUUAUCAAGUGAUUUUUUUUUCCCAACGUUAAUGGGAAGCUGUUGUGUAAAAUGUCUGCCCAGAGAAGUAUCACUCUAUAAAUAUUAAUCAAAUAGUUUACCUAUAGUCUUCUUAAGUAUUGAAUUAUAUGUCAAGCAUUUAAAGUGAGUUUGAGAUGAAAAGUAAAGCUUAUUUUCUAAGCAACAAAUUAUUUCUUAAUUUGAAAAUUUCUCAUUUUAGGAAUUAGGAUAGUUUGAGAUUUUUGUUUCUACGUGUUUCCUUUUAUCUUCCUAACACCACAUGAAUGCAUUGACAAUUAUAAAAUACAAACUUUUAUGCUUUUAAGAAUUUGGUUUAAAAGUUGAACAACAUGAUACACAUUUUUACAGAGAAGUAACUUGGCCCCAAAUAUGUUUGCUUAGGAUAUUUUUUGUUUUUUUUUUUUUUCACUGAAAAUG